GACCUCGUCUGCAGCUACCGGCAGCUCCGGCAGAUGGCCCAGUCCGUCUACAUGGCUGGGGUCCUGGUGGGCGCCCUGGUCCUGGGGGGCCUCUCGGACAGGUUUGGGCGCAAGGCCAUGUUGAUGUGGUCCUACCUGCAGCUGGGGGUGAUGGGGACGUGCACGGCCUUCGCCCCCAACUACGCGUCCUACUGCGUCUUCCGCUUCGCCGGUGGCAUGGCCCUCUCCGGCUUCGGCCUCAGCAUCACCUGCCUGGUGGUGGAGUGGAUCCCCACGCCCUACCGCGCCAUCACCGUGGCCAUCACCGGCUUUGCCUACACCCUGGGCCAGAUCCUGCUGGCUGGCGUGGCCUACGCUGUCCCGCACUGGCGCUGGCUCCAGCUCGCCGUCUCCCUGCCCUUCUUCGUCUUCCUCCUCUACUCCUGGUGGUUGGCUGAGUCCGCCCGUUGGCUGGUGCUCUCGGGGAAGGCCGAGAGGGCCGUGAAGGUCCUGCAGCGAGUGGCCAGGAUUAACGAGAGAAAGGAGGAAGGGGAGAAGAUCACGGUGGAGAUCCUGAGGUCCAACAUGAAGGAGGAGUUGGCAGGUCUGAAAUCCUCCUACACCAUCUCCGACCUGGUCCGGACCCCGGUCAUCCGCCACAUCUUCUUCUGCCUCUCCAUCGUCUGGUUCUCCAUCAGUUUCUCCUACUACGGGCUGGCCAUGGACCUGCAAAACUUCGGUGUCAGCAUUUACCUCAUCCAGGUGAUUUUUGGUGCCGUUGACUUCCCGGCCAAAGUGGUGGUGACCGUCUCCCUGAGCUACAUCGGCCGGCGGGUGUCACUCAUGGUGGCCCUCUUCUUGGCGGGGCUGGUCAUCAUUGCCAACAUCUUUGUCUCCACAGAGCUGCAGACGGUGCGCACGGCGCUGGCCGUCAUCGGCAAGGGUUGCCUCUCCGCCUCCUUCAACUGCGUCUUCCUCUACACCACCGAGCUCUACCCCACUCCCAUCAGGCAGACCGGGCUGGGCUUUGGCAGCACCAUGGCCCGAGUGGGCGGCAUCGUGGCGCCGCUGGUGAAGAUGAUGGAUGAGUACUACCCCUUCUUGCCCCCUGCUGUCUAUGGGGUGGCCCCCGUGGUGGCGGCUGUGCCGGCCGGCUUCCUCCCAGAGACCCUCAACACGCCGCUGCCCGACACCAUCGAGGAGGUGGAGAGCAGGGCCAAACGGAAGAAGACGGAUGACCCCAAAGAGAAGAUUCCCCUCCAGCCCCAGGACAAGGCCCCACAGAAGGAGGCCUGA